UUAUAUGUACCUAAAAGUGAAAGAUUGGUUUGUAUUGUUCUAUUCGUCUUUCAGUUUUUAGGAUGGUGGUCGUAAGAUGUGUGACUUGAGGGAGAGUUUACUGCUAUUUCUAGUAUAGUGAGGGAUCACAGAACCAUUCUUUCUCAUCGGUUGUUGGGAGUUCUACUCCACUGAAGUCUCGUCUGUUGGUUUGUUUAAUCUCGUGAAGGUGAGACUUGAGACGUGAAGCUGUUUCCCUUCAACGCCAUGUUGUAAACUGUGUGUUGUGGGACCUUUACAAUAUAUAUAUAUAUGUAUACAUACAUAUGUAUAUAUAUAUUUUAUAAAACAACACCAUCAGCAUCAUACUGUUAGGGCUUUUUUUUUUCAAAGAGAAAACAAGAAGAAAACCCUAACAAAACCAUGUGAUAAUUGUACUUUAUAUUAUUAUACUAUCCAAACAAGAAAAGGACAUCUUGUGUGUGCAACAUUGCAGUUACCUACUACCGACUCAUUUUACAUCAUCGUUGAAUUUUUACCGAAAAGAUACAUAUUACAUAACAUAAACAGCAUAAUAUAAUAUUAUACAUGCUACAUAUAUGUCCGAAUAGCACUUAAUUUAUUUGCUCUAUAACAUUAAACACACACAUACACUUCCAAAACUUCACCUGGUUCCCUAUUUAUUUUUACCGCCACAGGUUUACUCAUUUCCCUCUCUCUACAUACAUACACUUCUCUAAUAUAUAUAUAUAAUAUAUAUAUAUAUAUAUUAUAUAUAUAUAUAUAUAUAUAUAUAUAUAUAUAGUUACCCCCGUCCUUCAUUUAAUUUUCCAUUACCUUAUUGAGAUAUAUAUAUAGAGAGAGAUAGAUAGAUAUAUAUGCCUUUUGUUGUUGGUUGUACCUGUACAACCUGACUCCGAUCGGAAAAGUGGGAGCAAGGAAAAAGAUGAUUAUCGAAAAUGUGGAGGCUUUGAAAACUUGGUUGACAAAAACCCUUUCCCCCAUAUGUGAUGCUGACCCUGCCGCUCUUGCUAAAUAUGUAGUUGCACUUGUGAAGAAAGAUAAACCUGAAAACGAACUAAAUGACAAUCUCAUCGAUCAACUUGACGUCUUCCUCCAACAGAGGACACGGACGUUUGUAGAUGGUCUGUUUGAAGCUCUGAAGACAAAAUCCUAUAUCACCAAUUCUAGCAAUGGUGUGUCAUCUGUUGGUGUGUCUGUAGCGCCGACAAACAAUAACCAGACGACUAGUAACAGCCACUCUGGUAACAACAACACCACCACCACCAACAGCAGCAGCAAUAACAAUGUGGUGAAUCAAAUCAGCAACCACAGCACCACUUCAAGCAGUCAAUCUUCUAGCAAGCUGGACAGAAAACGCAAAGUACCUGAUGGAUCAGAUGUGGGUCCCACUGAAGAAGAUAAAGAACAUCGCAAAAAACGAUCUCGCAGUUCAAGUCCGAGGGGUGGAAGAUCUGGAGAUGAUCGCAGGCGUCGGCACGAUGACAGGCGCUUCAACAGACGACGUAGUAGGGAGCGAUCUCGUUCUAAAAGCCCGCAGGGGAAGUCCCGGGAGAGACUCCGUCCAAGUAGAGAUUUAAACAGAGAUAGGGAUCGUUCAAGAAGUCCGGUAACAAGGUCAUUUGGUGUUCGCUCACGUUCCCGGUCCUGGUCACCAACACGUUCCCGAUCUCGUUCGCGGUCACGAGGAUGUAAAGAUGCUGACAGCAGAGGUUCGACUCCUUUACAAGACAAUAAUACUUAUAAUGUGGGACCACCUAAUGUUCAAGUGCCAAGUUCAAGUUCAGUGUCUACUGUCAGCAGUGCUAUAUCUGUUGUCUCUCAUUGGGACACGAACCGCAACACUCCUGUUGCUACUCCUUCUGAUGGACCGCCUUCAUCGGCACCACCUCUAAAUAUCGGAAGCAACCGUCCACGGUGCAGAGACUAUGAUGAGAAAGGCUACUGCAUGCGUGGUGAUCUCUGUCCAUAUGACCAUGGAUUGGACCCUGUGAUAGUUGAAGAUGUGAAUUUACCAAAUGUUUUAUCUUUUCCUCAUGGUCAUGGGCCACCUUCUACUCAUGGUGCUCCUGGGUUCAUAGGACCCAGAAUACCUCCACUUGGGCCUCCACAUAUGCCCCAAAUAGGACCCAGAGGUCCACCACCAAGACCCGCAAGACCAGUCGAGUCUUACCAACCUGAGGGUUAUAACCCUGAAGCUCCUGCUAUUAAUCCUCCUAGACCAUCAUUUUGGGUUGGCCCAAGAGGUGCCCCUCGUCCAAACCAACCUUUUUAUUUACAGCCACCAAGACAGAGAGAUCUUGUCAGUGUUCCGACAAUUCCUGAUAUCUCAAAGCCACAAAAUUUAGAUAACAAGUCUUGUAAUGUAUCGGCUCCAGAGACUAAUCGAACUGUGAUCCCACCUAAACGAGACUUCAUGUCUUCCAAUAAUGCUCACAAGCACCAUUCUCCAUCACAAAUGCAUCAUUAUCAGCAAAAUAAAAAUACCCAACCAAAUCCCCCAGGUGCCUACAGCGGAAGACUGGUACCCAGGUACCUAAAUACUACACUUGAAGUACGUAAGAUUCCCCGAGAUCAGAAUAAUAUUGCCAAAUUGAAUGAACAUUUUGGAAAGUUUGGUGUUUUAAAAAAUAUUCAGGUAUCAUUUGAGAAUGACCUGGAAGCUGCUUUAAUAACAUUUGCAAACCAUACUCAGGCGAAUGUGGCAUAUCGAAGUAGUGAACCUGUCUUUAAUAAUAGAUUUAUCAAAGUAUUUUGGCACCGGGAAAAAGCACCUGAGCAAAAAGCUGCUGAUUCCACAGCCCCAGUGUCUUCCACUGCUGCAAACACAGCUUCAGAUCACCGAAUGCCAGUAAAAGCAAGGUUGGGUAUUCCAGCCCCUAACUUGCUCAGUCUUGAUAAUACAGGACCAAAGAAAACUGAAUCUGGAGAGAAGGCAGUUGUCUACACGUCCUCAGUGGGCCACUUAACAAAAACAGUAUUCAAUCCUGCAGCUAUUAAGACAAAAACCACGUCUGUAACAUCUACGACAACCACUACUACAACUACCACUACACCUUCUGUCUUGUCAAAAGUAAACUCUUCAGAAUCUCCUGCUAGCAAGACAGCAGAGCCAGCUGCAGUGAAAAAGGCUGGGGUACCCAAAAUGGACUCUAUUUUGAAAAAAGUUCAGAAACAGAAGCGUGAUCUGUUGUUAAGCUAUGUCCAGCAGCAGCAUUUAUUGAAAAAACGGUUGACAGACAAAAAUAUUUCAGCUGAUACUAAGGGGAAAAUUCUUAAGGAAAUUGACGAUCUCCGAAAUAUCAUCAAGAAGUUCCAAGAGGAUCUUUUCCCAAAGAAAAAGUCAGAGGUUACCAAAACGAAGCCAGCAGUAACAAUCCCGGGACCAUCGAGUAGUCAGAAAACCCAAAAGGAAAUCUUAGACACUGAGUUGGAAUUAAUCUCCAAGCAGAACAGUGGUGAAGACACGACUGACUUACGUAAAAAACUCAUAGAACUUACACAAGAGGCCGCCUCUUUAGGUCUUUUAUCAAGAGGAAGGGGUAGGGGAGUGAUCCGUGGGAGUAUGCGAUCGCGAGGCAGUUCUUGGAGCCGGGGACAGAGGAGUCUGAAAAUGACAGCUUCAAACAGGUCGCUUGACAAUCGGCCAAAGCAAAUUCACGUGUCUGGGUUCGAUGCUGAACCUCUGAAAAAUAUUUUAGCCCAUUUUUCUUUAUUUUGUGAAUUGGUGAAAUCAGAACCAGAUCCUACAGAGAGUAAUGUUAUCUUGACGUUCAAAUCUAGACAGGAUGCUGAGAAGGCUAUAUUGAAGUGUCGUCGAUACAAGAACAAAGAAUUAAAGAUCAAAUGGUACACACCAGCUGCUCCUACAGUUACUAAUAGCAUUGAUACAUCAUCUGCUGACCUUGAUGAUUCUUUUACCCAGUCUCCGCUGGAGUGUACAGAGUUCACUGACCUGGAAGUUGGAGCCCUGUUGGGUGCUGAUGACGAAGAUGAUGAAGAUGAAGAGAGUCGCUCUUGGAGAAGAUAAUAAACAAACAUAUGGAUGAUGGAAUUUUCAUUUCUCCCCCAUCCCCUACACCACCACCUCUACCACUAUUGCCUAUAUCUAUGGCACCAGUUUUUUUUUCAUGUACAGUUGUAAUAUUCUUAAAAAAAAGAAGAGAACAAUAUAUAUAAGAAAAUUCUUAUUCUUUCUCGCUUUCAUAACAAAAACUAAAUUCUAUUUUUUCCCCUUCCCCUUUUAAUUUGCUCGUUGUUCCCAUUAAGGCAGGCUAAUGUGUCAUUUGAUUCCAACUGAACAAACACGAAAAGUUUGUUGAUAAUUUUUUUUCUCCUUUUAGUUUGAGGAAAUUUUUUUUCUUUAUUUGUUUAUUUCUGGAACAGUAAAUCUGGGUUGAUUUACUCUUGCCUUCAUUUUUUUUUAAAACCCUUCUGAGCUGACCACUUCAUGCAAGACAAUAAUGAGUGUAUAAUACAAAAAAAAUAUAUAUAUAUAUAUACAUAUUUGUAUAUGUAUACACAUAUAUACACCCACUGAACUAGUCAGAAAUGCUGUUAUUGAUUGAAGUAGAUAGCAGCUUUUUGUAAAUAGAUUUUAUGACACACAUACACAUAUCUUACCUUCGUUUUAUUUGCCCUCUCCCUCUCAGCCCCCUUCAGUAUUGUAUUUUCCACCCUCUUCUAAAACCAAACUGAAAUGACUGCUGUGACCCUUUAAUUUGUUUUUUAUUUUUAUUUAUUUAUUCACUUUUUUUUUUUUUUUUGCAAAGUGGGUUGGUGGGUCUCUGUGUAAUUUUGUUGGUCAGUCAAGAAAAUAAUCAACAUGUAUGCACACACACACACACUUAAACAUUGGGCUUUAAUAAUAAUGUUUAAACAUCACAGAAAUGUAUAAAAAAAAAACCUGAAUUCAGAAAAUAUAGUUUGACCAUCAAAAUAAUUUCCUCUGGUUUAGUAUAGAUUGAGCAAGAUUCUUUGGUGACAUUGUAUGUGUAUGAAUGUAUGUGUACACACACACAUAUAUAUAUAUAUAUAUAAUGCAAGGAUGUGAUAGUAUUCAUUGUGAAUGAUAUAAUUUACUGAAAUAUUUAUUUAUGCAAGCAAAAGAUUUACAUGUAAUCCAUUUGUCCCCAUAGCAGCCACCUUUCAUCUCGAAUUAACAUCUUGUUUAUAGUAUAUCCUGCGUUUGUGUUCAAAUCUGUUCAAGGGCACUCUAUGAAACUAAUGUAAUGCAUAGCUAUAUUGACAUAAGAAGACUAUUGUUGGUAUUUCUCUUCUCACAUACCCAUAUCUGCAGCUCAUUCACCUUUCAUCAUCAUCAACAUCAUCAUCAUCACCUAGUUGUUGUUAUCAGACUGUGAUGAAUGGCAGAAUGUCUUGGUGUCAUUUCUAGUGACUAUCUUGUGCCUUAUUUCCUGUAUACAUCCGAUACAUAAAUCUCUUUCUCAGAUACACAUACGCACUCAGAUAUUUAGAUAAUGUAUACAUUUAUAUAAUGUUCUCAUAUAAUAUGUAGUUAAACUGUAUCAGUGUACAGUAAUAUAUAUAUAUAUACACACACAUGUGCAUACAUGUAUAUAUGUAUACUAUAUACAAACGUAUAACUUGUAUGUAUAUGUGUACAUACACUUGUAUAUUGUACUCAUGCAUACAUGUAUGUGUGUAUAUCUCACUUCAUCCCACUUAGUUAUUUUAUCAACCAACCAACCCAGCCUGAAUUAUACCACUUGUUGUGUAUGAGUUCAACUUCUGCGUUUCAUCAUAUUUUUUUCUUUAGUUAAGUAGCUAGCUUGAGCAGUUUAAGUUCAAAUUCAUGGUGAAAGUGUUUCUUUUCCAUGUAUUUAAAAUAUUCCGUUAUGUUACAUUCACUUAAUUUCGGUGGGAUAUUUAAGUUUCUGUCAGUUUUUAGCUUGUGCCAGUGGUUAUAAAUGACAUGGCCCUUUAUAGCUGACCCCGUCUCAUGAGUACAUAACUUCAUUUUAAGUAACUAUUUUAAAAAGGAUUUAGGCAAAAGUUAUUUCAGAUAUAUAUGUGGACAAUGGACUUUAAAUGAUGUUAAUAUAUAAUAUAGGUUUGAUGAUAAAAA